AGGACUACGCAUGCGUGUCAUCAGACGACGCUCGACUUUUGUUUCGUAACUAUAAUCGUGUUGAUAAUUGAUUUUGGUAUCGUGUUAGGCGAAGUGGGAGUUAUGCGUACGAAAUUAUAUAAGGAGAAAGUAUCAGAAACAUAUUAUCGAUUUCAGAGUUACAGAAAAUGCAUGUUUAUUAAUGUGGGUUGGGGAAGAAGAUAAUUUGCCUUUGCAGGAAACCAAGUAAUAAAACUGAUGAACUGUGAUUUAUUAUACAUUUCAACAAUUUUUUAUCUCUCCCAUCUCUAAAACAUGUCAGUUUCACUUACAUUAUUAAGGGAGUCUGAGAACUGAUGACCUAGGGUAAUUUAAUUGAAGUUAUAAUAAAUCACAAUUCUUCAUAUCCCUCUGCCUCAUAGAAAUACAAAAUACAUUUUUUCGUAAAUAUUUUGGUUUUGAAGACUGCUUCUUGUAGUAUGUUUUCUUUCAGGGCCUGGGUAAAUAUUCCAAGUUUCAUACAGUUAUCAGGAGUACAAAGUGAUGUCAUUAGCAGUCUUGUAAGCCACUUUGUUACACAGUCCACAAAUCACUAUGUGUGAUGAAUGAGAUUUAAAAUCAAAAACAUUUCUGCAGUCUUUUGCAACAAGAAUGCCAAAAAUUAUGUAUCAGAGAGAUGAAGAAAUGGUUCCUUCUCCAAAAGAAAGUUUGCAAAAGGCUGAUAUAAUCAAAGUAGAAAGUGGUAUCAGUGUUCUGAGUGAAGAAGAUUUUACUGGCAUGAAAACUGAUGAGGUCUACGUACCAUCAGCAUUUUCCUUAGUGAAGGUUGAACCUGAGGUUAUUGAUAUAAAAGUUGAGGUCACAGAUAUACAAGAGGAAACAGAGGAGGAGGAUCCACUGUCAGGGACAUUUCCAGUAAUAAAGCCUGAACAUGAGAUUACUCUGGAUGAACAUCAGUUCAUACAUGGUGAGAUUCAUCCAUGUUCCUCUGGUGUACAUGAUAAAUCAUUCACUGAGAGCAGCCUUCUGAACUUACAUAGUGAGGAGCAUCCAUAUAUGUGUAAUGUUUGUAAUAAAUCAUUUAGUGACCAGAGUAAACUGAAGAGACAUCAGCACAUUCAUAGUCGGGAGCGUCCAUAUUUAUGUGAUGUUUGUAAUAAAUCAUUUAGUGACCAGAGUAAACUGAAGAGACAUCAGCACAUUCAUAGUCGGGAGCGUCCAUAUUUAUGUGAUGUUUGUAAUAAAUCAUUUAGUGACCAGAGUAAACUGAAGAGACAUCAGCACAUUCAUAGUCGGGAGCGUCCAUAUUUAUGUGAUGUUUGUAAUAAAUCAUUUAGUGACCAGAGUAAACUGAAGAGACAUCUGUAUAUUCAUAGUGGGGAGCGUCCUUAUUCUUGUGAUAUGUGCAAUAAAUCAUUCAUUGAGCAUAGUAAACUGAAGAGACAUCAGCACAUUCAUAGUCGGGAGCGUCCAUAUUUAUGUGAUGUUUGUAAUAAAUCAUUUAGUGACCAGAGUAAACUGAAGAGACAUCUGUAUAUUCAUAGUGGGGAGCGUCCUUAUUCUUGUGAUAUGUGCAAUAAAUCAUUCAUUGAGCAUAGUAAACUGAAGAGACAUCAGCACAUUCAUAGUGCGGAACAUCCAUAUUUAUGUGAUGUGUGUAAUAAAUCAUUUAGUGAGCAGAGUAAUCUGAUUAGACAUCAACACAUUCAUAGUGUUGAGUGUCCAUAUGUCUGUAAUGUUUGUAACAAAUCGUUUAGUGACCAAAGGACACUGAGGAGACAUCUGCGGAUUCAUAGUGGCGAGCGUCCGUAUGCAUGUAAUAUUUGUAACAAAUCUUUCAUUGACCAGAGUAAAUUGAAGAGACAUUUGCACAUACAUAGUGGGGAGCGUCCAUAUUUAUGUGAUGUGUGUAAUAAAUCAUUCAGUGACCAGAGUAAACUGAGGAGACAUCUGCAUAUUCAUAGUGGGCAACGUCCACAUACGUGCAAUGUGUGUAAUAAAUCAUUUAGUGACCAGAGUAAUCUGAUUAAACAUCAACGCAUUCAUAGUGGGGAGCGUCCAUAUGCAUGUAAUGUUUGUAACAAAUCAUUUAUUGACCAAAGUACACUGAAGAGACAUCUGCGGAUUCAUAGUGGCGAGCGUCCGUAUGCUUGUAGUGUUUGUAACAAAUCAUUUAAUGACCACACUAAAUUGAAGAGACAUAGGCACAUACAUAGCAGGGAACGUCCAUAUGCAUGUAAUAUUUGUAGUAAAUCAUUCAGUGACCAGAGUAAAGUGAAGAGACAUCUGCAUAUUCAUAGUGGAGAGCAUUCAUAAGACUCGUGUGUAAUAAAUCAUUCAGUUAGCAAAAAGUAUGCAUUAUUUUUACACUGCUCUCCAGGAAAAUAUAACUUCGAGGUAAGAGUAAAAAUGUCACUUGCUUUCCUAGCCAAAUAUCACAUUGGUAUUUGUUACCCUGUCAGUCAAAUUACCAUCUUAACAGGCAUUUGUUUUGGCCUCAUAGAGAUGUUCCAUGGGGUAGAAACUUAACACAGAAAUUAUCUUAAGCUGUCUAGUUCCUCUUGCUAAUGGGAUACAUAUAAGGCAGCUUUCAGUAACAGCUUGAUAUCAGUGUUCAUAUUGAUAUAUAUAUACGAGGGUGAGUCAAAUGAAAACCGUAAUUUUUUUUUUAAAUUUAAUUUAUUGAGUGAAAGCGGUACACAACUAUAUCAUUUUUCUACAUAGUCUCCAUUUCGUUCAA